AUGUUUAAAAAAAAAAUAUUGUCUUUAAAUAAAAAAGAAAAGAAAGAUAUAUAUUUUCAUAAAUUAAAAAGGAUAUAUAUACAAUUAAAAAUUAUACGAUAUUUUAUAUAUGUUCACAAUGAUAAAAUUAAACACAUUUUUAUUAAAUUAUUAUAUAAGAAAAUUUUUCAGUGUAAAUCUCUAUAUGAUAUUAAUCUAAAUGUUCUUAGUUUAUUUCUAAAAAAAUGCAGAAAUAAAGUUAAUUAUAAUCCUAUAAAAGGUAAAUCAGAUUUUAAAAAUUUACAACUUGAAUUAUUCAGUAUCUUAAAUGUAAAAACACAACUAAAUAAUUAUAUAACUUUUCUAAUUAAUAAAAUUAUAAAUCAUUUUGUAGAAAAAGGAAAUAAUAAAAAUUAUAUUCUAAAAAAUUGUGAUACAAAAAAAAAUAAAAAUUUAUUAUUAGAGUUAAUUAAAAUAUUGUUAUAUAAUUAUCAACAAAGAGAAAAAGAGAAAAAAGAAAGAAAAAAAAAGGAAAAGGAAAAGGAAAAGAAUACUCAGAUUAUGAAUAAUAAAAAUGAUUAUAUAUUAAUAGAUUAUUGUAAAAAAGAAAAUGAAAAUAAUUUGUAUAAAAAAUCCUUAAAUAGUAAUAAUUUAAAUAAAAAAAAAGGAAAUAGUUUAACUUUUACAAAUGAGCAAUCAAAUAUUAAAAAUGAAAAUAAGAAACAAUUUGUAGAAAAAACUAGUGCUUGUAUAAACAGCAACAAACUUUAUAAUAUCAAAGAAAAAAAUAAAGUAGGAUGCAAUUUAGAAAGUAUGGAUUCUAGCUUUUUUUAUGAUUAUAUGAAACAUUAUUUUUUCAGUUCUAUUAACGAAAAAAAAAAAAAAAAAAUAAAAAAAAAAAAAAACAUAGAAAGGUGUAACAAAACGAAAUUUAAUAGUAAUAUUUAUGAUAACUCUUAUGCAUUUACCAAUUUAAAUAAUAAAAUCAUUUCAAAUUAUUUUUUAAAAAAUCAAGUUCAUAGAGAAAACAAAAGUGUAGUAUAUAAUAAGACAAGAGAAAAUUAUAUAAAUUCCUGUAAAAAAAAAAGAACUAAACGUUCUAAUGAAUCUAAUGUAAUCAAAAAUAGAAAAAACAAAAUAGUAUAUAAUGAAAUGUUUUAUAAAAAGUUAUAUAAAAUUUUUAAUAAAAAUAAAAAAAAGUGUAUAAAAAAUUUAAUUUGUGAAAAUCAUAUAAAUUUAUAUAAUUUAAAUUGCUGUACUUGUAAGUUUAUAUAUUCUAUCAACAAAGUUUAUUAUUCGUUUAAACAUGUGAACUUUAAAAAACAACAAAAUAAUAAGUGUUUAUUUAAUGAAAAUAAAAUGAAUAGACAUUAUUAUAUAAAUCCUAUUAAGUGGGAGAAUGAAUAUCUAUAUAAGGAAUAUGAUAAAUUAAAAUUAGAGAAAUGUAAGAAAAAAAGAAAAAAAAAAAAAGAGAGAACAACAAAUAAAUUAACAAAAAUAAAAAAGGAAAAAAUCGUUAGUAAUUAUGUAGAUAAAAAAGAGAAAAAACAAGGUAUUUUGAAAGAACAAAAAAAAAAAGAAAAAAUACAAAAUAAAAGGGUUCGCAUAAAUAUUUGCACUGAUAAAAAUAAAAAAAAAUGCUCUUUAAAAAAAUAUGAUAAUAAUAAAAGAAAUACAAGCGAUGAACAUGAAACAGUAGAAGCAUAUUUAAUAAAUUUUUGUAGGAAUAAUAAUAACAUAAUAGAAGUAAAUCAAAAUAUAAAUGAAAAUAAUGAUAUGAAUUAUAGCGAAUUGGAUGUAUAUAUGGAUGAAUAUAGGGGAAAUAUGGAGAAUUUAUCUAUGAUUGAUGAUAUUUCCGAUUUGCAACCAAUUCAUUUAGCAACUAAAGAAGGAAACAUUGAAUUAAUAAAAAAAAUUUUAAAAUCAGGAUCAGAUGUAAAUAGUAAAACAAGAAUAAGAAAAUUUACUCCAUUACACUUAUCUGCAUCAAAAGGAGAUAUAGAAUCAGUAAAGUUUUUAAUUGAUAAUAGUGCUGAUAUAAAUGCUUUAUCUUCUGAUAAUGAAACUCCUUUAUGGUGCGCAUCUAUAUCUAAUCAUUUAAAUAUUUGUAAAUAUUUAUUAGCAAAUGGUGCUUUGUUAAAUUUAAAUUUAGAUGAAAAAUAUGAUUCUCCUUUACAUGCUGCUUCUAUGAUGGGGAACUUUGAAAUAGUUAAAUUACUAAUUGAAAAUGGGGCUGAUAUUACAUGUUUAGAUUUAAAUUUGUUAGAACCAGUUCAUUAUGCUUCAUUUGAAGGUCAUAAGGGAAUUGUUAAAUAUUUAAUUUGUCAACAAAUUAAACAAUCAUUGAAUAAAAAAAUGAAAGAAAUUGUGAGUAUUAUGAAGAAAUACAACUCUUAUACAAAAAAUUUAGAAAUACAUUAUUAUUUAAAAUUUAAAUCUAUUUUUAAAAAAAGAAUAACAAGUAAAAUAUUAUGUUGUGCUAUUACAUCUGGAAAUUAUAAAAUUGUUGAUAUAAUUUUAAAAAAAGGAGCAGAUCCUAAUUAUUUUGAUGUUCGUUUGCAACUUUUUCCAAUUCAUGCUGCCUCAAUAACUGGUAACAUUAAAAUAUUUAAAAAUUUAGUGAAAAGAGGAGCAAAUAUAUUUAUGAAAACUAGCUGUAACAACCUACCAAUUGAUCUAACAGAAGAUAAUGACAUAAAGCAAUUUAUUUUGCAGCAUUCAAGAAAAAUUAAUGUAAGAAAUGCCUGGAUUAUUAGACUAAAAAGAAAAAAUCAUAUAAUAUCUCUUUUAUCUUAUGAUAUAUUUUAUUAUCUUUGUACUUUUUUUUGA